AUGCCAACAAACGUGAUAUUUUUAUCAAUGAGUGGUAAAAUAUUUACUGGCCAGCUAAGUGAUAAUUUUACGCUUGAUGAAUUAGCGAAAGUGGUUACAGAUAAAUUAGGGAAAGCAGAAAAUGGAGGAUCAUUUCGUUACAUUGUUAAAGGUACAGAAUUUUCUGCCGAUGAUCCAAAUAAAUUUGAAGAACAAAAAAAACUUAUAACCAGUGGUGUAACGGUGUAUGUUUGCCAGCGUAUGAGAGGGGGAAGUAAGCUGUUCGUUUAAAAUUAUCUUAUAUAAAGAUGAUGAAUACCAAAUCUUUGAUAAGAAUAUAUUCAUAGUCACUAUUGUGA